AUGACUUCAGCAUCUGGCUAUAUUACUGAAUUUAAUAGAGAGACUAACUUUGGUUACAUUCAAAUAGACAACAACAAACAACUUCUUCGAUUUCAUCGCUACAGUUUGAAAAAGAAUUCGAGAAGAUAUGUAGCCAAUGGUGAUUCAACGUUUGUUGGCGAAUUAUUCGAUUUCGAUAUUAUUCAGCGUCCAGAUGAAGCAGUAGAAGAAGCAGUAAAUAUAAAACAUCGUGUUCUAAACUGCACACAUUUCGGAUGUUCAAGAAUUAAAGCAUUUACAAAUAUAAAAGCAUUAAAUGAUCAUAUUGAAAGUAAACACUGUCGAGUCAAGAAAGAUACAAAAACGUCGUCAGAAGAGGUGGAAAACGAUCAAAUUGAGAAAGUAGUGGUUACACACCCGAAGCUAUCAAACAAACGCAAAAGCAAGACAGCUAACAAAUCUGCAAGAAUAUUGCCAUUUAUAGUUAAUCUUCCAGCUCAUUCAGCCGCAACCAUAGGCCGUUUCAUUGGUAAAAAUGGUGUUAAUCUCAAACGAUUUCAACAUGAAAAUAAUGUCACUCUUAAAAUUUUGAAUUCUCAAACAAAAUCAACUUUUAGUCCAUUACAGAAUUCAAAUAUACAAGUUCAAAUGAAACCAAGUAAUAAUGGAGUUAAUGUCGAUUUAAUAAGUAAAAAAAUAAAAUCAAUGUGGGAAAAAGCAGUUCGUGAACAGAGAGAAGAAGAAGACAAAUAUGAACAACGCCUACUAGUGCGACAGCAAUACAAAUCACAAAGACGAUCAUGCAAUUCAGAGUCGAUAUAUAUUGAGAGCGAUACGAGACAUUCAACAGCAUUUGUAUUGUCUGGUGAUGAGCUGAUACGACGACGAACAAGGCGUCGAACAGAACCAACGUUGAGAAGACAAAAAGAACAUUCAACCUUGAGUUUAGAAGGACAUCGAUGUGCUGCAACAUGUGAUCGUGAACAGACAAGAGGAGGAAGUGCAGCAUUCAUUCACCAAAAGAAGAAGACUAACAUGAAAGAUAAGCAAUGGAUAGUGAAAGAACAACUAUAUGAUGUGUAA